AUGUCUACAACAAAUACCAACGUUCCAGUCGGUAAUAGUAACCAAGGAGUUACUGCUGGGCCAGCAACUGGGCCUAUGACUAACGCCUCAACUCUUACUCAAGGAUCUGCCACGAAACCCAAGUCCGGGACUGCGCCGUCAGUGACUCGUGGUGCAAAUCGUGGCGUCAAUAGAAUUGCAGCCCGCGGUAGGGGUGGUUUCGCAGGUGGCCCGGGAAUAAUUGAAGUUUCGACUCAGGGAGAAAUACUUCACGAAGGCAUUCCACAAUCCAAAGAGCUUACUCACCUGUCUGAAUUAAAAGAAGUGGCUUCGGAACAUGUGCACAAAGAAAGUGUCGGUACAACAUCUGGUAUUCAGAAAGGUGGUGCAGCUAGCCUUGCUCAAUCCGCGUUAGGAAAGUAUGCAACCGCAAUCAGCGAGGAGACGGGAAUUCCGCCAUUGUCCGUUCAAGGUAUGGUCCCUCCGGCUGAGAAGGUUGAUGAAGAGAAAUUGGUUAAAGAACUGAAGGAAGAAGCUCAAGAGCGUGUUGCCUAUGAAGUUUCACAUAUGGGUCGCGUUCCUCAAGCUGGGCCCGCGCGUAAAGUCGAAGAAGCGGCGAAAAGACUCGAAGAGGUCGUUAAUAUGAACAAAAGCGAAAGUCAAACUGUAUACACUACUCCACCUGUAUCACCACCUCUGAGCACAACUGCAGUCUCUAAAUCUGGGGCGAUACUUCACGAAGGUAUCGAACAAGAAAUGGAAUUUCAGCAUCUCUCCGAAUUGAAAGAGGUCGCCGAGGAAAUUGGAGUUAAUCCUUCGAUCGUUCAAAAAAUGGUUCCCAAGGCCGGGUAUCAUGUCGAUGAGUCUAAAUUGACGCAGGAAAUUAAAGAUGAAGCACAAAAACGCAGUGAAUAUGAAAAGAACAAACUUGGAUUCGUACUACCCGCAGGUCCCGCUGCAAAGAUCGAAGAAGCGGCGGAAAAAUUAAUGCAAUCGUUGAAAAUUAGUGAACCAGAGGUUUCACCGACUCAGGAACAUAGCGCCACGGUUCCAGCAUCAACUACGCAAUCCGGGAAUGCGACGUUACAAUAA